GACAUCAUGAAGUUGCUAUUUCUGUUGAGCUUCCUGCUGUGCGUAAUCCUGGCCGCGGCCGGCAAAUACUCGUGCCCGGCCUGUCCGGCUAACUAUCUGCCGGUGUGCGGUACCGAUGGAAAAACGUACGCGAACGAGUGUGCCCUGGAGUGUACGGUGGCACCACGAGUUCAGGUGGCCCGUUCUGGAGAGUGCUAAAGGAG